GUCUUUUUCGCCAGGAACAAAAUCCUCCUUCUUUCACCCCUCUCCUUAAAAAUCUUCCCUCUCUUCUCUGAAUCCCUCCCCCAUCUAGGCUCAAUAGACAAGUAGUCUUGCCAAGGUAUGUGUCUAUUCCUUUUUGUUCAGAGCACCGAAGCAGAAAUGACGGAAGGAACCCCUCGGAGCGAUUAUCGGCAGUCAUCCUCAUAUCUGGCCAAAACUGGGUUGGAGGGGAUCUUCUGCAGGGUUUCCUCGCACUGAAGGCCACUGUCGCAAGCAUUUUCUUCCCACUGUUGAAUACUUUCUUUGACUCGUUCACAUCCUACUCUGACUUUCCAUUCCCGUGCAAAUUCCUGCGGUGCGAAAGCAACGUUUAACACCAUACCAAGCAUUUCGACUCUUCGCUCUACCGCGGUGCUUCUGAUUCCUCGGUACUAACCACCCAAAAAUUCGCGCAGAACCCUACCUUCCACUCAAGAUGUCUAAGCUCUUUGUUGGUGGCCUGGCCUGGCACACCACUGAUGAAACCCUCCGCCAAGGAUUCCAGGACUUCGGAGUCGUCGAGGAAGCCGUCGUUGUCAAGGACCAUGAUACCAACCGCAGCCGUGGUUUUGGAUUCGUCCGCUUCGCAACCGAUGAGGAUGCCGACAAGGCGAUGGAGGCCAUGAACAACCAGGAAUUCGAUGGUCGGGUUAUCCGAGUUGACAAGGCUUCGGAGCGGCCUCGCGGUGGCCCUGGAGGUGGCGGCGGUGGCUUCCACGGCCGAGGCGGCUACAACCAGCGUGAAGGAGGCAAUGGAGGUUACCGUGGUGGUUACGGCGGUGGCGGUGGCUACGGCGGCGGCGGUGGUAACUGGCGUAGCCCCCAGCAGCAGUCAUACGAGCCGAGCCAGAAUGCUUGAUUGCCUGCGCCGUGCAUGUCGACCCCCAGAAUCUGUCUUGCCCUCUCUCUCCUUCCCUCUGACACUAUUUUAUUCCAUGCAAACCCUGCU